UGAAAACAGUUCAAUACCAUCGUUACCAUCAAACCUCCCCCUCUCCUCCUCUCCAUCGCCUUCAACUUUCAUUCUCUUCAUCCUAUUAAACAAUGCCUAAGAGCAAAAGAAACAAAAUCGUCACUCUUACUCAGACCGACAAGAAGGGUCGUGCUGGCAAGGAUGCUCUCUACGAACAGAUCAGAGAAUGCGUUGACAAGUACAAGUACAUCUGGAUUUUCUCAGUCGAGAACAUGCGUAAUACCUAUCUGAAAAACGUCCGCGCAGAAUUACGAAACUCUCGUUUCUUCUUCGGACGUACAAAAGUCAUGGCAAAAGCUUUAGGGACCAGUCCUGAAGAUGAACACAAGGAUAACCUUCAUAAACUUGCUGAACAAUUGGUCGGUCAUGUCGGCUUACUCUUCACCAAUCAACCCCCUCAAGAGAUUCAGGACUAUUUUGCUAAUUAUACUGAAUCGGAUUAUGCUCGUUCAGGUGUCAAGGCCACCAGUACUUUUGUCGUCCCCGCUGGUCCUGUUUAUCGGGGUGAAGAAGUCUUUCCUCAUAAUAUGGAGCCUCAGUUGAGAAGCUUGGGCAUGCCCACAGUCUUGAACAAUGGUAUCGUCACCUUGAACAAUGAGUAUCGUGUCUGCAAGGAAGGACAGACCCUUACCCCUGAACAGGCUCAGCUCUUGAAGUUGUUUAUGGUCCAGAUGGCAGAUUUCCAUGUUACUUUGAAGGCGUACUAUAAGGAUGGAGAGAUCUUCCGUGUUUAGAGGAGGAAAAAAAAAAAAAAAAAAAAAA